AUGACAAUCGUCCAUUCAGCUUGGCGGCGCCUCAAGUCCAUGAGCAAGUACGAGAAAUAUUCUGAAGCAGACUACGCUGCGAAUGUCUAUAAUGUCUUCCGGAGCCCUGCAAUCCGUGCCAGUACUUACAAGGUUCAAUGCAAUGUGUCUCUCCCUCAGCCAACGCAGACAGCCAAGCUGACUGCUGAGGCGAUUCGGAUCCUUGGUGCAAAGCAAGCAACACCAGAUUGUCUAGUCCUUGUGCCAGCUCGUUCGCUUCGCUCUCUCUCGAACGGAAUGAAUUCGCAUUUCAAAGUCCUCAGCCGCCAUCCCACAAUCGCCAAUUGCGGCACAGCCAGCAAGCUGUCGUCAUUCCGAUAUCAGAGCACACCGCUUGCAGUACUUCCAGACGCACCGACCUUCCAGUUUGUCAGCAGCAUCUGGGAAGACAAGAAACCGGUUCACCACAUGUUGAACGACGCAUAUAGACAGAAUAGGAUGGCAACGGCAGGGGCAGCUCGUCAUUUACACUCCCAUCACGUCCAUGCCCCCAUUUUCGGCCUAAUAUGGGCAAGUGGAACAGUCCGAGCACAUGUCGAUUGGUGUAGCGCGUCUAAGGACGACAACAAUAGCCCGCCGGUCGUAUAUUCGGCGCCGUAUCAGAAAGGGGGAGCCCGCGAGAGUGACUCAGAAGACGAGCUCUUCUACGAAUGGCAGCUUGAACGUGCCGGGCACAUUAUCGAGGUUUUCUUCCUCUGUGAGCAUAUUGAUGAGUGGACAAUAAAUGGGUUCAAAGAAAGAAUAGUCAGAGGUGUAGGAGAGUUGGUCGAAAGGAUGAGGGAGAGGCGUACAGUCCGUGGAAGAGGACUGGUGAUUUGA